AAGUGUCAAAACGUGACAUUUUAAUUUGUUAUACGUCGAUUGAAAUAAUAUUCGUUAAUUUCAACAUGAUUGAGGCACCGAGUAUUUCUAAAUUAUUUUUUAUAUAAAUUACACGGUAAAAUUACAACGAACCAUGUCAACUAAUUCGUCAAAUAUUGGACUAAUCAAUAUGGAUAGCUUUAUAACAACCAAUUCUGAUCCAAUUGAUAAUUUAUAUAUUGCUUUGAUACAAUGCUUCGGAAUAAUAUUAUGUGGGUAUAUCGCUGGAAGAUUUAAUAUUAUUACAAAAAUAGAAGCAAAUGGUUUAAAUACUUUUGUUGGUACUUUUGCUCUACCAUCGCUAAUUUUUACAUCAUUGGCCAAGUUAGAUUUUACGUUGGUCAAUUGGAGUUUUUUACUUGCAAUAUUACUUGCAAAAUGUUGCGUAUUUUUUACUGUACUCGUGGUAUCAUUAUUGAUUAAAAAACCAUCGAAUUCUGGUCGUGCAGCCCUCUUUGCAAUAUUUACAACGCAAAGCAAUGAUUUUGCGAUAGGUUACCCUAUGAUUGGUGCCAUUUAUCAGAAAACUCAUCCCGAAUAUGCUGCAUAUCUAUAUCUCAUGGCUCCUAUAUCACUGGCUAUCUUAAAUCCUAUUGGUUUCAUAUUACUAGAAAUUAGUAAACGCACUUUAGAAGAAAAUAAAUCUUGCUGGUCAAUGGUUUAUUCGGUUAUAAAGGGCGUCGCUUUAAAUCCAGUUUUAUUUAUGACAAUCUUAGGCAUCAUAGGAAAUGUAAUAUUUAGCCAUGUUAUUCCAUCUUUUCUUGCUGCUAUUCUCGAAGUACUUGGAAAUGCUUUUUCUGCUAGUGCCUUAUUUCUUCUUGGUUUAAUGAUGGUAGGAAAAGUACACAAACUAAAAGGUACAGCUCUAGUCAUACCAGGAAUAUUGAUAUCAGUUAAACUGUUAGUACUUCCGCUUGUAAUUCGAGAAUCGAUUAUUUUGUUAAAUGCCGGUGAUAAUGUUACUGAUACCAGAGAUUUAAGUACAUAUGGAUUUCUUUAUGGUACAAUUCCGACAGCACCAGCACUUUUUAUAUUUACAUUACGUUACAAUGUUGAAAUUGAUUUAAUAGCAUCAGCUAUGGUCGCUUGUACAUUUUUAUCCGCUCCGCUUAUGUUCAUAUCAGCAAAAUUAGUUAGUGCCAUUGAUGCUGGCGUAACACCAGCCAGUUACGCUCAUCAACUCCGAGCUUUCUCUUUUGAUAUAAGUACUAUAUCUGUGGUAGCUUGUGUAUGGCUGCUAAUAUGUUUUCUUGGUGUGGGUCGCAAAUAUAAAAGUGUAACACACAGAUAUACUCUUUGCCUCGUGAUCGCUCAGUUGAUUACUGCGAUUGGUACUAUUAUUUGGACAAAACUCGACGCAGAUACUACUGGAUCUAUUUUAUGGUAUAUCCAAUUUGUUUUAAUUUCAUUAGGUGUAUAUGGAAGUAGAAUAUGGACAGUUGCAAUAGCAGUAACUCUUCUUUUUUUGAAUUCGCAUUCAUUAUCAUUUGUACAAAAUAUGCAAAAAUGGUUACUUCUUAGUGGUUGUGGAGUAACAGCUUUGAUUGUAUCUUUAAUGUGUAUUUGCAUAACGCCAAAGAAACCAAUCGAAUUUGAUUUACAAAAUCCGAAUUUUCAACUCGGCAGGAGUCAAGCAGCUAUAUCUGUUGCUAUAUUAAUAUUUUGUUUUAUUGUAACAUUAGGUUGUUUAGUUUUACAACAAAGAUAUCAUCAAAUAAGAAAUGAUUUAACCACGUAUAGCAAUGCAAAUAAUGAAGAAGAAAGAUCUAAUCUCAGUAACGAUACUAAUGGAAGAAAUGUUGUUGAUGUGGAAGAUAUUGCAUCUCAUUCAGAGAGCACCCCAAUCAUUGGUUGUGAAUUUCAAAAUAUUUGUCCUAAUUCAAUGUGUACUGUAAGUCGAAACAAUACUUAUCCUUUUGAUUGUAAUCAAGAAGAAAAUGUAACUCCAACAGAUUCAGAAGAUCCACAGAUAUUACGACAUUUAGUAUUCCUCAUUCUGCUUUCAUGUUCUAUAUUCAUUGGUUUAUCAAUAUCUAUUAGUACAUUAAUUAUGGACCAAAUGAUAGGCAUUUAUGCAGAAUUAGCGUUCUUAGAUAUUGCAUUAAAUUUUGGUCAAUCAUUAAUAGCUUUUGCAAUAUUUGGACUUGAUCCUGGCCUUAAUAAACUAGGCUUUUGGUUACAGCAACUUAGUCAAAAAUGGCGCGGUGAAACGGAACUACAAUUGCCUCCAGAAGAUGCAUUGAGUUCAGAAACGAAAGCUAUUCGUGAGCAGUUCAAUCGAUGUCAUUUAGCCAAAUGUCGAGCAAGGAUAGCUAUAUGUCGACGAAGAUUAUUGAAAGUGCAUAGAGGAGUUUUUACUGGUUGUGAUUUAGUAGAUUGGUUAUUAGAAGCUGGAAUAGUCCAAACUCGAGAAGAUGCUGUUCAUUAUGGUCGCUGUCUUUUAGAAAGUAGAACAUUGCAACAUAUUGAUGGUACAUGCCAUUUUUAUGACAAAAACUUACUCUAUACAUUUAGUGCAUGAUAUGUUACGAUUAAUUAAUUUAGAAUAACUUCGAAACUUUUAAGUUUCUAAUGAAACAAAAACUAAAUAGAAUUAUAUUGUUUGACAGCCUAAGACUAAUAUCGAAGUGUAUAUUCUUAGMACAUUUUAUUUUAUUAUUAAUCUUAUCAUUAUAUUUAUUUAUUUAUUAUUAUUUAUUGUUAUUAUUAUCAUUAUUAUAUAGCAUCAAACUUUAAUAGAGAGUAGUAUUUUAAUUUAUUUGAUUUUUUAUUAAUUAUUUUUCAUUUAUUUCUCGUUUACUAAGCACCUCAAAACAAAUAG